GCUAAUUUUCACUUCUUGUGAUAUCUCUCCCUCCCAUUAUUAUGUACUCAUCUGAACUCCAGGAAUCAUAACCAUCUUUUAUUCUCUCUCUCUCUCUCUGUACGUAUAUAGAUACUGUAGAGAGUAGAAACCAUGUAUAGUUAUUUUUAUUAUCAUCAUUUCUUUCCUGUUGUCGAAGUCAUUACAUUUAAAUGGUAAGAAGGGAAAGUUUUUGGUUGUUUCCUCGUAGAAAUAUGGUUUUUUGUUAUUUUUUUCAUGUAAACCUGAGAGAGAUACAGGAAGGUUGUUCUUUUUUUUAAGACGAACCCAAGUCUACUCUCUCUUUCUUCCUCUACAAAAUACAAUCCCAACCAUUUAGAAGAAGAGAUAAUCGCGAGAGAGGAAGAGAGAAGCAUGUUCUCUACGUCUCAAACUAUGCUUAACCAGGGUUUGUUUGAAGAUCAAGAGAUGCCAUCACAGAUGGGGUUCUACUCUUCUCCCAACUGGAGCUUUUCUCCAUUUGGGUUUCACCAAUCUUCGAGACCCCUCAACAACAACCACCCUACAUCACCAGGAGAAAACGAUACUUGUCAUCUCCCUGAAGGCCUCUCUUCUAGAGCUUUAAAGCACAAAGAUAUUGCCUCUUUCGGUGAAUUCGAAUCUUCUUCGGUGCAAAGAUCGGCUAAUAAUCUCUGGCCAUGGAGAGAAGUAAACGAGUGUUUGGGGAGUAAAAGAUAUGGAGAAGACCCCCUGGGUGUCGCUGCAAUGAAGAUGAAGAAGGUGAAGGCAAGAAGGAAGGUGAGGGAGCCCAGGUUUUGCUUCAAAACCAUGAGCGACGUGGAUGUCUUGGACGAUGGUUACAAAUGGAGGAAGUAUGGCCAAAAAGUAGUGAAGAACACGCAGCAUCCAAGAAGCUACUACCGUUGUACACAGGACAACUGCCGUGUAAAGAAACGAGUGGAGCGAUUAGCAGAGGACCCACGGAUGGUGAUCACAACCUAUGAAGGAAGACACGUACAUUCUCCAUCGCAUGAUCUUGAUCAGAGCUCACAAGCCCCACCCCAAAUUAACAACUUCUUCUGGUAAUACAGUUAAUCAGUUAUAUAUUGUUUUAUGUACAAGUGUUGUCUCUCUCUCUCUCUCCUUCCUAUGGCUUGCAUCCAUUUUCAUUAUUGUAGAAUAAGGAUUCCCUUGUGUUAAUUAAAUGCCUCCGUUGGGCUUCCAAUCUGCUGAUACCAUAUAAAUAAAUAGGAGGUGGAAGUGUAGGUCGAUCUGUAUUUUGUUUGUGACAGCUUUUGUUUUUGUUUGUUUUGUUUACUAAGUUCCUUUGUAUUUAUGCAUGAUGAAGUGAAGAAGAUAUGAUAUUCUCAAGUUUAUCAAUCAA